CAUCAUCUGUGGAGAGAUCAUCUAUAAUCAUGCAAGCUUUGCGGUAGCCUUACUCACCACAACGUCAACAUGUUCACUUUAACGGUGAUUCACGAUACGAUCAAAGUGUUGGCAUCACAGCUAAACGCUGAUGUGAUUGCAAGUUUGACACAUAACAUCAAUGCAAAAUACAGUAAUCGAAUCUUGCCAAACGUCGGUUUAUGCGUUGCUCAUUUUGACUUUUUGGAUGUAAGUGAAGGGCAUAUUCGACAUGGAGACGGGAAUACAUAUUACAAAACAACUUUUAGGCUGGUUGUCUUUCGACCUUUUAUCGGAGAAAUUUUGGUUGGAAAAGUGAAAUCUUCCGAUGAAAAUGGCCUUCGAAUCACGAUGGGAUUCUUUGAUGAUAUUCAUAUCACGCCUGAAGGUAUGCCACAACCUUCUGCAUACGAUCGACAAGAAGCUGCUUGGUUUUGGGUUUGGUUAAGUGAAGAAAGUGAAAAUGUGGAUGCAAUUUUGGAAGAUGCAUACGAAAGUAAAAAAGAUGAACGUUUUUAUAUUUACAAAGAUGAACUUGUUAGAUUCGUCAUUGAUGGUGACGAAUUCAAUGAACCUGAACCGCCAGGACCGAAUGCAUGGAAAGAGUCUAAUGCCGGUAAAGCACCAGGACAAACAGGCACAGAUGCAAUCACUGUGGAUACGAGUAAGCGUAUUGCGCCAUAUAAAAUCAAGGCAUCCAUGUCCAUCCAAGGCACAGGUAUGGUAAAUUGGUGGAGCGAAGCACAAGCUGUAGAAGGAUCCGAGUAGUGCGACAUACUGUAUAUCAUCCCAAUCAAAUCUGUAUAUGUAUUCGAAUGAAGCUUAAAAUUCUGUUCAAC